AAUUUUAGUUAUAUACUUUAUAAAGUAAAUAAAAUGAUUGUUUUGAUUUAUUUACCAAAAUAUUAUUGUAAAUUAACAAAAAGUAUUGGUUUUUAUUUAUAUGCUUACUGUAAUGUAUAUACUUUUAUAUAUACAAAUUAUUUUUUAAAUAUGUGGUUUCUAAUUUGUUAUUUGAUCCUUACAAUUCCAGAAAAACACGUCUUCAAAUCGAAGUAAUUUUUAAUAUUGGAAGCAUUAUAUAUAUACAUUAGGUAAUAAUCCGCGCCUUGCGUGGAAUGUGAUUAUUAGUUUCAUUAUUUUUUUAAUAAGGAGAUUAAUCUGUUUAAUCUGGAUAUCAGUUUGGUUUUGGGUUGUUUUUUUUUGUUUUUAAUCUCUUAAAAUAUAACUAUCAUUUUAAAUCAAUAUUUAUUUGGUUUGUUCGGUUAAAAUGUUUGAUGUUUUUGGUUUUUUUUCCUGUGAUAAUCAAAUAUUACUAUUAUUUGUUUGUUUUUAUGUUAUGAAUUUUAGAUAGUCGUGAUGUCGAACCAAUGGUUUCAUAUUAUAGUUUCUAAACCGAUAAUAUUUUAAAAAGAAAAUAAAAUUAUUAAGACAAAUCAUUUUACUACAAUUUGAUAGAUAAUGAAAGAAACAUUAAAAAAAAUAUAUUUUAACUUCGAAAAAAUUAGAUAUUUCAGUUGUGGUAAAUACUUAGUUAUAAGAUGUCUACGUCAAUGUGCACAUGUAUGUGUAUGUAAAAGUAUAUAAAGAUGAUUGAUAAAUAUAUAAAGAUACUGUUAAUUAAUAUUAAAUGACAUUAUUUUCAAAAUAAUACAUGAAAAAAAAAUUCUUAAACUAAAAUUAUUUAAAAAUAAAAAUAUUGUAAAAUUUAUAUAAACUAUAAUAUAUAACUUAUAUAUAAUUCUUUAAUAUAUGUAUAUAUAUAUAUAUAUGCAUAUUACGGAUCAAAUUGGAUAUUCGUUCAUAUAAAUAUUGAUAUUUGUGAUUUGUUUUUUUUUUUUACGAAUAUUGCAGUUUAGUAUUUAAUUUAUUUCGUAGAGUAACGGAUAUCCGGAUUUUUUUGUUCGAAUCAAAAUGAAUAACAAAUCAAAUCAAAAUUUAUGAAUAAUUUAUCCAGGUCUAUUUGUAAACAGGAAAAAUAACGUAAAGAAAAACCAUGCAUGUGAGUUUUAUAUUAAAAAAAAAAAUAAAGUAUUAUGUAGAGUUUGACUGAGAAGUUCUGUACAUGUGACCUGUGUCCAUUUUAGUCUGAACGCAUUUAUUACAAUGCUUCUAUACGUGACAUGUGUCUACUUUAGUAUGAACGCAUUUAUUACAAUGUUUCUCCUUUAAUAUAUAAGGGAUAUAUACAUAUAUAUAUAUAUAUUAUUUCAUUCAGAUUAAAUAAUUUAGUCUUGAUAUUUCUUCCUAAAAAUCUUUUAAUGAAAUAUCAUGAUAAGAUUCCAAUUACUUCCUUUCGAUUUUGUUCGAAGAAUGAGAGAUUGAAUUAUUCGUCUAAUGUUUUUUCUCUAUAAUACCUAUCUAGGUAUUAUAAUUGUAAGAAUGAGAGAUUUAAACUAUUUAUUAUAAUUUUUCUGGUUUAUCGUUUAAUAAACCAAACAAUUUUUAGUUUAUACAUAGUUUACAUAUACGAGAAUGGUAAAGUAUUAUAUAUAUAUAUAUAUAUUUAUCAGUAUACUCACUAAACCUCAAAAGCGUAGAUUAAUAAAAUAAGUAAUUUGUUUUGUUGUUCUAGAAUUAUAUGAUUUUUAGACCGAACUGGUAAAAUAUAUACUAGACAUACAUUUAUAUUUCGAGUUUGCACUUAAAUUCUAUAAUAGUUUGAUAUAUUAGAUUUGAACACUAACCUGAGAAUAUAUUUUGCCGGUGAUUUUCUUCAACAAUUUGUUUCUUAGAUAUGCAUCUCAAGUUGAACUAAUUUUUAUAGAUGUCCAUAUUUUUAAACUGACACUUAUGUAAUUUACUGAAUUCAUAGAAGACGUUAAAAAGAAACAAAAAUCAUAUCAAUAAAACAUAAACAAGAACAAAAACACAAUUUUAUAGAGGUAAGAAAUGAAAUCAUCCAUGGAAAGUCAAUAGUAUACAAAUCGAGAGCUGAAAACCUAAUCUCAUUUCGUCAUUUUGCAGUCAAUAUUGUUUAUCUGGUUUUGGUGAUUUGUGUCAGCCACAAAACUUAAUUUCUUUUAGUGCAUAUGAAAUAUUAAAAAUAAUUAAAAGGAGUGAUACAUUUAAGAGACCAGUAUUUGAAUUCUUUAUUUUACAAUCAUAAAGAUUGUAAUGUUGCAAAAUUGUAAAACCAUUUAGUGAACAAACAUUAGUAUAAAAACUCAUCUCCCGCAUGCGCGUAGGUUCAUCUAGUAAGACAGGUACUUGGUAACUAAUUUCAAUUAUGCACGACCGCUUAGAAUCUCGAAAGGUUGCCUCUUAUUGAUAUAUUUGCAAGUCAAUGGACGGAAAUUAGUUUCUCGUACCUAUAAAUACGGAGGCCAUGACAAACGAACUCAAUCAUUAAUCAAGUUGAUAUAUACUACAUUAUAUUUACUUCUUUCAAUGAUCACAACCAAUGAGACAGGUACUUUAGUACCUUAUUUCAAUUAUACACGAACUCUUACGAUCCCGAAAGGUUAUCUGAAUUGAUUUAUUGCAAAGUCAAUGAAUGAAAACUAAAUACUCGUACCUAUAAAUACGGAGAUAGUCAAGCUGGAUCAUUAUAUCAAGUGAAUUGACAAAGAAACCAGCAUGGAAGAUCAGAAGAUGAAGCUCCACUGUGGCUUUAUCUUUUCUAAUUGGACAGCUAUGUUUGGUCUCCAUGAAAAAAGUCUUGACUUCGAACUUGUCUUCGUAGAUUGGGUUGCUGGUGAAGCCAGAACCAAAACGUUUCUCUCUAAUCUCAACCCAUUUGGUCAAGUCCCGGUUCUUGAAGACGGGGAUCUUAAACUUUUUGAAUCAAAGGCGAUCACACGUUACCUAGCAGAACAAUACAAAGACGUUGGAACAGACCUAUUACCAAAUGAUGCCAAAGAGAGAGCAAUCGUAUCCAUGUGGAUGGAAAUAGAUACAAAUCAGUUUCUUCCUUUAGCAUCAACUCUCAUCAGAGAACUCGUCACAAAACCAUAUCAAGGGUUAGCCACUGAUUUUACGUCGGUUCAGGAAAACAAAGAGAAGCUAUCAGAAGUCCUAAACAUCUAUGAGGCUCGUUUAGGCGAGUCUUGUUAUUUAGCCGGAGAAAGCUUCACGUUAGCUGAUCUUCAUCAUCUCCCACCGAUUCACUACAUGUUAAAAAUGGAAGAAGAAGGCGUGAAAGACUUGAUAUAUUCACGUCCCAACGUAACCGCAUGGGUUGAGAAGAUGCAGUCGAGACCCGCUUGGCUAAAAACAGUCGUCAAAGGUGAUCAUAUCUUUGAGUUGAUGAAACAACGCCGUAUGCCUAUGCAGUUAGAUUCGCCAUGUCAAGAGGUGACCGGUCUGGCUCAGAAAACUGCGAUGGUGACUGAGAACACUUAAGUAAAGAGUGAAUCCUCAUGGUCCAUUGUACGGUCCAUUUUGUGUGUUUUCUUUUUAUCCAAAAAUAUCAUCAUGUGUUUGUAUUUCUAAUAAGAAUCCACCUUGUGAUGUAAGUUUUUAUUAGUAUGUGAUUGUAUUAAAUAUAAUAACUCACCUUGUGAUUUAAGUUUGUAACUA